GAGUCAACAUGAGAGGUGCUACGGUGGCGGUUGCGGUGGUGGUGUCGGCGCUGCUGCUGUGUGGUUCCCAGGCGGAGAGUGAGCAGGAGACCCCAAGUGACGCAGUGCUACAUGCCGUGACGCUGCUGCAGGGGGUGUCAACGAUGCGCACCCCUUCACUCACAGAGGAGAGGAGGCUGACGAGGACCAGGAGCCGCCUUCCCACGCCCAACCGCAUCGACACAGGAGGAGGAGGAGGAGAAGGAGCAGGAGGAGGAGAAGGAGGUGGUGGUGGUGAAGGAGGAGGUGGAGGAGGAAGAGGAGAGGAUGUAUUAGGAAAAAGAAUAGGAGCAGUGGAAGAGGAUAAAGUAGGAAGAAGAAUAGGAGGAGGAAGAGGAAUACUGGAACGAAUCCAAAGAAGAAGAGAAGAAGAAAGAAACAGAAGACGAGGAAGAGGAAGAGGAAGAGAAGAAAAGGAAAAAGGAGAAAAACAAGAAAAACAAAACGGAGAAAAAGAAGAAAAAGAAGGAGGCAAAGAAGACAAGCAAGAAGGAGGAGAAAAAGAAGGCAAAGAUAAAGAAGAAGAAGAAGAAAAAGUCAAGGACAGCAACACUUUAGCAUCAGCAUUCGGCCGGCGUGCUAAGAUCUCACGAACAAGGGUCUCCUCCUCGCCCAUCAAGCCCACCACGCCCUCACUCAGACGCGGAAGAGUACGAACACCCACCACAUCCACGACCGAGCAGACAAACACCCCCUCCACAUCCACACCCAGGCGGACAGAGACCCCUUCCACAUCCUUAUCCACACAUGGGCAGACACAGACCCCCUCCACUUCCUUACCUAAAAGUGGACGAAGACAGAGGCUCUCCACAACCCCCUCCACCUCCUCACCAGGGCGGGGGAGAACACAGGAUCAGAGCAGCAAGGAGCCAGAGCCGCAGCGCCUCGCCCCGGGUACUCCCAACGCUGUAGAGGGAGAGGACAAAGACGAGGUGGUGGUCUCAACGACGUACAAGAAAGGGCGCCGCGGUCGAGCUCGUAUAGUGAAGGUGAAGAGGCCGGUGGGUACGGUUGAGGAUAAGGAGGUGGCGGGGGAGGUACAGAAGGUGGGAGAGGGGGAGGUACAAGGCAGGGAUCUUGUGAGAGAGGUGGGAAAGAUGGAACAGGAAGUGCAGGGGAGGGAGCUUAUGAGGGAGGUGGAAAAGGUGGAACAGGAAGUGCAGGGGAGGGGGCUUGUGAGGGAGGUGGAAAAGGUGGAACAGGAAGUGCAGGGGAGGGGGCUUGUGAGGGAGGUGGAAAAGGUGGAACAGGAAGUGCAGGGGAGGGAGCUUGUGAGGGAGGUGGAAAAGGUGAAACAGGAAGUGCAGGGGAGGCAGCUGGUCAGGCAGGUGAAGGUGGAAGAGCAAGUGCACGGGAGGGAGUUCCUGGAGGAGGAGGAGGAGAAGGUGGUGGAGGAGCCAGACUACUUCGAGCUGGCGGCCAUCACGCCCUCCAACGUGCAGUCCCUGGCGUGGGGCAGGAAGCUGGGGUCGCUCAAGGCAAACUCCCACUCCCUCAAGCCCCUCACUCAGACAACAGAGGCUAAGACGACGCCGCGCCCACGCUCACCCACACGCCGCCCCGUCUCCCGAUCUACCACACCCAGUCCUGCCUCUCCCUCCACCACGCGGCGCCCUCCCUCCCGCGCCACCACCACCAGCACCACCACGCCGUCCCCCACCACCACGGAGCCUGAGGCCACCACCUACAGGCCGGGCAGCAGGCGGGGCUCCUCCAGCAGGCGUCGCGGCAAGAGCAGGGGUACCACCAGCAGAGACAGACCCAGCAACUCCCGCACACCCAGUAGAGGUGGCGGCAGAACGCGUCCCUCCACCUCCUCCAAGGACACGCCUCGAGGGGCAGACGCCACCCGCACCACCAGUGUCAAGCAAAACUCCGCCGGCGACGCCCCUCGACAAGUGGUGGAGGACGUGCCGCGCCUCCCAGCCGAUUCGCAGCAAGAGACAGGGGCACAAGACAGCUUCCUCACGCCGCGCCCCACGCCCUUCCCUCAGGUGUCCCCCGCCACGCCAAACUUCCUCGGGCGCCCGCAAGUUGGUGCCUCCGUCAUCACCCGUCGCCCACCUACUGGCUCCGCCUCCCCCACAGGCAUCCCUCCAAUCACAGCCCUCAACACCUUCACCUCGCCCGUCCCCCCGACCACCUUCAGCUCCCCCUUCCCCUUCGUCAGCACUCCCUUCGCCCCACAGAGAUUCAUCCCCACCAGCAUCCCCGUGGUCACCUCCCCCAGGCCCAUCUCCUUCUCUCGACCGGUAGUCUUCACCCCGAGCGUCACCCCGUCCCCUUUCGCCUCCGUCACGCCAAGCAUCUUCACCGCCAUCAACACAGCCACGCCGUCACCCUCCUCCUCCUCCUCCUCCUCCUCGUCAUCAUCAUCAUCGCCGUCACUUCCCUCCUCCCGCCCUCCCUUCACCGUUUUCAAUCCCUCUCGGCUUCCUGCAUCCAACCCAACACUUCCUGCGACAGUCACCACAUCGCAGCCGCUCUCCUUCACCACGCCGCGGCCGCCCUUCGUCACCACGCCCUCCCCAACCUUUGUCACCACGUCCCACCCUGCCUUCGUCACCACCAGUCGCCCUUCCUUCGUCAGAUCUCGCCGUCCAGACAUCACAACCCAGCGGCAGCCCACGCAGCCAUCUACAGGGCAGCCGCUCAACUCCUUCAACCCGCAGUUUAACCCCGUGAACUUUCAAUUCCUGCCGUUCUUUGAGUCCACCAGGAUCAGGUCCCGCCAGGAUGAGUCUAGCGAUGUUCCUUCAGGCUCCUCCCUCAGUAGCAGCACCCAGGGGCAGCCAGGCACCACCACCACCGUCAGCUUCGUUUCCCCGCACGCCAACAACCCGACACUUCGCCCCGUCUUGCUCAGCACUCCUUCUCCACCGACCCCUUCAAGAGUGUCAAGGCCCUCACAGUCCCCCUUCCAUCACGCUGCCUUCCCCUCCCCACUGAGAGCCUCCCCAACCUCCCCGAGCUUCUCCCCAACACCCACGCCAUCCAGGCUUGGCUUCACGCCUUCCCCUGCAGCGUUUGUGUUCCGGCAGCCCUCGUCCCCUCCCUCAGGGCCCCGUGUCACCUUCUCCACGCCAUCACCAAGAGGCCAAGUCACUUUCUCCACGCCGUCCCCAGGUCAUCGCCGCCUCCCCACGUCCCCUGCCCCAAUAACUCACCAGCAACCCUCGUCCCAGACCCCAGGACACCGCGUCACCUUCUCUACGCAGUCCCCACGGGGUGAAGUCACUUUCGCCACGCCAUCACCAGGACCCCACGUCACUUUUUCCAACCCUUCCCAAGGAUCCCGUCGCUUCUCCACAUCCCCAGCUCCACUGAUCCCUCAGCAGCCAUUCUCCCAGAACCCAGGGCCCCGCGGUACCUUCCCCACGCAAUUUCCAAGGGGCCAAGUCACUUUCUCCACGCCUUCCUCAGUGUCCGGUCGCUUCCCCACGUCCCCAGCUCCAAUAAUCCAUCAGCAUCCCACCUCGCAGCCCCCAGGCCCCCGCGUCACCUUCGCACCUCUGGGGCCCUCUGAAAGAACCUCCGAGGGCGUGGACAUCGAGCAGGAGGACAGGAGCAGCUCCUUCAGCUUCCUCAAGAUGGGACACCAAGGCACCAGAAACCACAUUCAGGACAGACCAAGGGGGCCGCAGGUCACCUCCACGCCCACGUCCACCCCCACCUCUAUGGCGCCAUUCUUCCGCUUCUUCUCCACCGAACGGCCUCCACGCGCCCCAUCCACCACGCCUGCGUCCCCCACACCCUCCACGACGCCCUUCAGCAGCUCGUUCCUCAGCUUCAGCGUCCCGACCCCCGCCUCUUCAGCGCCUCCCAUAGACAGGACUACAGCCUUCACCGCUCGCCCCACGCAGACCCCGACGACAGUUCUCACCCCCGACAACCUUCUCCUCCUUCCCCAGGCCACGUCCCCCCAGACCAGAGACACCUUCAGAAUCACGACGCCCUCACCCCCAUUCCCUCAGCCUCGCGUCACUAGACCAGCCUCUCCUUUCCUUGCCGCCUUCGGAAACCUUCUCUCUGUAGCGGCGGACCGAGGACUGCACAGGGGCGCCCACGUGGGAGGUAAAGAUAGCACUGCAUCACCCAGCACGCCCACACCCACCACGGUUAUUCCCAACAAUCACAACACACACCCACGCACCCUUGUAGCUGGCAAUAUUCUGAAUGGUGAUGCAACUCAAGGGAACACCAACACACACACUGCUGUUGAUGGCGAUGCAGUGAUGGAUAUUGCAGCUGCACUUAACAGAGACAUCCCUCGAAUCACCAGUAGUAGUAGCGAUAGUCGUGGUAGUAGUAGUAGUGGUAAUAGUAGUAGAGGGCGAGGUAGGAAUAGAAACAGUAACCUCCUCUCCUCUUCUUCCUUAUCUUCUCCUCCCUCCUCCUCCUCCUCCUCUUCCUCCUCCUUCUCCUUCGUCAGCAGUAGUAGGGGUUCAAAUUUCAAAGGUGACAGCAGUGGAACACAACAACCCACCAAAGAAAACGUGAAAGAAAACGAAGAUACACGAAGGGAGAGUAAUAUAGACACCGAGACUAAGAACAGGGGUAACUUAGCUAGACUUUCAGCUGAACCAAACCAAAGAACACCUACUAACAUUCCUACAACUGACAUAAGUAGUCUUGGCAGUAGCAGCGUUAGUAACAGAGACAGUGGAAGUUCUAGAGGGGUCACUAAGGACACGAACAGACUCACUAGCUCUGGAAACAAGGACAAGAACAAGAACACAGCCAGGAGAAGUCAAGUUAGGUUCCUGGACAAAAUUAGGGAAGAAAUAGGAAAGGUUAUUGAGGGAAUGAGAGAGACUGAGAAGGUGGGGAGGGAAAGUAAGGAAGGGAGGGAGAGUAAAAAGCUCCCCACACCACCAAUAAUACAAUUUGGGGGGUUUAUACCAAUGAAAUCCCCACCAACCCCACAUCCCCAACGCCUCCCCUCUUUAAGUAUAACAUCCUCCCCUCCAGCCUUGCCUCCCUCAUCCCCCUCCCCUCACCGCCCUCGCCCUUCACCCAGAGCUAUCCCUUCUCCCCUCUCCGCCGUCCUCAAGCCCCUCCCCUCUCAGAAACUAACGGGAGGGGAGAGGAAGGCCCGCCUCACCCACACUGCCUCUCCCUCACGUCCCUCCACCAGCGCAGGACCUCGCACCCCCUUCCCUACGUCUCCCACUCAUAGACCCUCACCACAACCCACAGUAACCACACUAACCACACCACAAUCAGCUGUUUUCUCUCUCUCCCCCACCACAGUGACUGCCACGCAUGCCCCACCACCACCACAACCACCACAACUACUACCACAAUCGCAACCACUACUGCAACGACCACCACGACCUGUAACCUCAACACCCACGACCUCACGACCACAGAACACCCCGCCAAUCCAAGCCCACGCCACACCCAACGGUCUGACUGCCUCGCUAGCCACGCCCCACGCCGCCCGCGACCUCGCACGCCAGGCAGCCAACACGGGGAAGUCGUUCAUAUUCUUCCGCACUGGUGAUAACAUGUACCAGGUGUUGUGGCAGUGACCAGGUGACCGCCAGACCGCCAGGUGAGACAGAUGACCAGGUGAGACUUGGUGAAAACCCCCUUUUUUUUUAUUUUAUUUAUUUUUAUUUUUUUUCUAUAUAUAUUUUUUGAGUGGGGUCUGUUUUUUUUUCUUUCAGCUUAUUCUUUUCUUUUUCUUUUAUAAUAGAAUGUUAUUUUAAGUGCGUUUUCUUUUCUUCUCUCUCUCUCUGUUAUUCUUUUUUUUUUCUUUUUUUUUUCUGACAUUUUUGUUGUUGUUCUUGUCCAGAGUCUCCUCUUCAUAAAGAUACGUGAUGUCAGGUGAUGUAAGCCUCAAUAUUCUUUGAUAUUCUACAUCUCAUGCAAACCUUCGAUCUACUUUCUGUAUUCCUUCCUUCCUUUUUUUUUUCUCUCUUUUUUCUUUUUCUUUUUUCGAUAUCUUAAUUUUCUCUCCCUUAUGUUGUCAACUUAAUUCCCUUCUUAAUUCUCGACUUUAUGUAAAUUUUUUGUCUAUUUCAUCUAUUUUAUCAUUCCUUUUCCUUCAACUUCUAUUCUCCCUCAGUCUUCCUUUUCUUUCUUUUUUUUUGUUUAGUUCCUAAGUUUCUGCUUCUCCUCCUUCUCCUCCUUCAUCUCCUCUUCAUACUCCUAUACAAAAUCUCCUUCACCUUUCCAUUCUCUCUCUCUCUCUCUCUCUCUCUCCAAGGCAAUCCUGUCCCGUUAUUUAUGGUGUUUCCUUGUGUCUAGUCAAGAGUUCAAAGUGGUGAUGACUGUAUUACGUCGACUUGAAAUGUGUGGUGUGGUGUGGUGGUGUGUAUGGUGUUGCUCUCUCUCUCUCUCUCUCUCUCUCUCUCUCUCUCUCUCUCUCUCUCUCUCUCUGUUAUGAUGUAAAUUUCUCUCCUUUGAACAAACCAUGUAAAUAAUAUAUUACUGCAUUAUGGAUAUAUCUUUUUAUAAAUAAACAUAACUAAAUAAUGCUACUUCCAGAUUAGUUUAGUUUACCCUUAUUUUAUGAACGGUUGGAACUUCACAGAGAACUAUAUUUUUAAAAGGAUGACUACAGUAAAUUGAUUUCUUAUACAUGUGACGCUUAGGUGAAAAUACUGAUACGGAAAACAGAUACGUAGAAUUUAAAUGAGAAAGAAGAACGGAAUAAAGGAGAUAAAAAAAAAAUUUACCUUUCAAUGAGGAGGAAGCAAAUGAAGGAAAAUAGAAGAGAAAGAAAAGGAGUAUAUCAGAAGAAAGAAAUAAAAAAAGAAAAAAAGAACUCUUACGUAGGAAAGGGAAAAGAAAUUAAAAGUAAGGGAAGAAAAUAAUUAAGUAAAGAGUUAAAACACGAAAAAAAAAAAAAAACAGGAAUAUAUAAUAUGGGAAGAGUCUUGCGAAAAUAAGAUACAUUUCGAUCAACAACGGACCAUAACGGAACGGGACGGAACAGAACAAAGCAGAGGCAAAUGACGGAACGAGAUGGAAAGAAGAAGAAGGUAACGGAUCUGAAAGGAACGAAACGGAGC